UGUUAUUGUUGUUUUUGUUAUUAUCAUUAUUAAUAUUAUUUUUGUUGUUAUUAUUUUUAUUGCAGUUACUAUCAGUGUUUGUUAUUGUAGUUCUUGUAAACGCUAUGUUAAAAUACUAUGCAAUGUAAAUUGACAAUAAGCAUAUGCCUUUUAUGAACAAUCAAUAAGAGUUAUUGAGGCAUCUGUGACAAAUGGAAGACGGAAAUUGUGUCAGAAAAGAGUCAGUGAAAUAAAGCUGAGGCCGCGCCAUGGGGACUGGAUGGACAGCGUGGUGAGGUCAACAUGUCAAAUAUGUCGUCUUGUGACUGGGAGUGUUGCCACUCCCCGCCUCUGUUCCAUCUCUGUCCUCACUGCGGGCCUCCCCCUGAACCGCGCCCCCACCAACCACACCCGCAUACGCCCGGCGCCCAACAGUCUCGACCAGAGAGUCCGUGUGUGCUAUACACCCGUCCCCGGAGUCCGGUUAUCCGAGAUCGCUCUCGACCGCACCCGUCCUCCCCGCGCCCACGGAGUGCCAGCCCUUGCAGUGGCCGCCCGCGGAGCCUGGACUCGAGGUUGUGCCACGAGUGUGCUUGUGACUACGAAGCCGGGCGCGAGAGUGGAGAGUGGGACCGCAGCUUAACAUGAACCAUGAAGAAUAAAGGGUUUUCUGCUCAGCAAAUAUUCACGUUGGAUAAAGGGAGCAACAGGAAACAGGUGAUUCGGCCGCUCCUUAUGAUUGUCCUCCGCUCGCCAUGCGGGAAAUGGCGCGAGAAAACGGGCGGAAACGGGCAAUCUGCAACGCGAGUGACGGCGUUUUUCCUUUUCUUCCUGUCCCGUUGCCGUAGAAAAGUAAAAGAAGAGGAGGAGGAGGGGGAAGAAGAAAUCGAUUUGAAGACGGAAGAUAGCAAAGCAGAUGAGAGGAAGUGGGAGAGGGAUAGAGGGAGGAAAGGAAAAGAGAGGGAUAUCUGGAAAUAGUGCUGGUGACGGAAACGAGAGAAGGGGGGGG